UCUCACUCAUUUCCUCACUCUAGAGAAUCUUCCGCCUCCUCCAAACGCCACCAACCAUGGCGAUCGAGAAGAAACGCCCGCUCCAAACCAGCAACAACGCCAACAUGGACCACCCAGCCCCGACCGAUGGCGGCGGCGGCAAGGGCAAGACGAUCGAAGAAAUGUACCAGAAGAAGAGCCAGCUGGAGCACAUCUUGCUCCGACCAGAUACCUACAUCGGAUCGAUCGAGAAGCACACCUCGAACCUAUGGGUCUACCAAAACAGCGAGAUGGUCAACCGUUCCAUCACCUACGUUCCCGGACUGUACAAGAUCUUCGACGAGAUCCUCGUCAAUGCCGCCGAUAACAAACAGCGAGAUCCAUCCAUGGACUCCGUCAAAGUCACCAUUGACGUCGAGCAGAACUGCAUAAGCGUCUACAACAAUGGCGCUGGAGUUCCCGUCGAGAUUCAUCAGGAGGAGAGGGUCUACGUCCCGGAGUUGAUCUUCGGACACCUCCUGACUAGUAGUAAUUACGACGAUACGGUGAAGAAGACCACCGGUGGACGCAACGGCUACGGCGCCAAGCUCACGAACAUCUUCUCCACCGAAUUCAUCAUCGAGACGGCAGACGGUAUGCGACAGAAGAAGUAUAAGCAGGUGUUCACCAACAACAUGGGGAACAAAACUACGCCAGUCAUCACAAAGUGCAAAGAAAGUGAGAACUGGACCAGGGUUACGUAUAAGCCUGACCUGUCGAAGUUUAAUAUGACCCAUCUGGAAGAAGAUGUGGUGGCGUUGAUGCAAAAGAGAGUAAUUGACUUGGCUGGAUGCCUUGGAAAGACAGUGAAGGUUGAGCUGAACGGAACUGAGGUCCCUGUAAAGUCAUUUCUUGAUUACGUUGACCUCUACUUACAAUCUGCUGGAAAAUCUAGAGAUACUCCCCUUCUAAGGAUGACAGAGAAAGUCAAUGAUAGGUGGGAGAUUUGUGUGAGUCUCAGCGACGGCCAGUUUCAACAGGUCAGCUUUGCGAAUGGAAUUGCAACAAUCAAGGGCGGAACUCAUGUGAAUUAUGUAACAGAUCAGAUCACGAACCAUGUGAUGAAUGUUGUAAAUAAGAAGAACAAGAAUGCCAACCUCAAAGCCCAUAAUGUGAAGAAUUAUCUAUGGGUCUUUGUCAAUGCUCUUAUUGACAACCCUGCAUUUGAUUCCCAAACAAAGGAAACUCUCACGAUUCGACCAAAUAGUUUUGGAUCUAAAUGUGAACUUACACCAGCCUUCUUAAAUAAAGUUGCAAAAUCUGGAAUUGUGGAUAGUCUUCUCUCUUGGGCAAAUUUUAAACAGAACAAAGACCUGAAGAAAACUGAUGGAACUAAAACAGAGAGGGUUCAUAAUAUCAACAAGCUUGAGGAUGCUAACCAUGCUGGAGGAAAGAAUUCUGAGAAGUGUACUUUGAUAUUGACAGAAGGAGAUUCAGCUAAGGCUCUUGCCAUGGCUGGUCUUGCUGUUGUGGGUAGAGAUCAUUACGGUGUUUUUCCGUUGAGAGGUAAACUGCUCAAUGUAAGAGAAGCUAGUACCACUCAGGUCAGGGAUAAUGAGGAAAUUAAGAAUAUCAAGAGGAUUCUGGGACUGCAACAAGAUAAAGAGUAUACCAGUCUUAAGUCUUUAAGAUAUGGCAGUCUGAUGAUUAUGACUGAUCAGGACCAUGAUGGUUCCCACAUCAAGGGACUUCUUAUCAACUUCAUUCAUUCCUUCUGGCCAUCGCUGCUUAAAAUUCCAUCUUUUUUGGUUGAGUUUAUAACUCCGAUUGUCAAGGCAACGCACAAAAAUGGGAAUACCCUUGCAUUUUACUCCAUGCCCGAGUAUGAGGCAUGGAAGGAAAGUUUGAGGGGCAAUGCAAGUGGCUGGUCCAUAAAAUAUUAUAAGGGGUUGGGAACAAGCACGUCUAAAGAAGGAAGGGACUAUUUUCAAAAUCUUCAUCAGCACAAGAAAGAUUUUAUUUGGAUAGAUGAGCGUGAUGGGGAGGCAAUUGAGCUUGCUUUCAGUAAGAAGAAGAUAGAAGAGAGGAAGAACUGGCUUCGGCAGUUUGAGCCUGGAGUACAUCUUGAUCAGAAGGAGAAGCUUAUUAAGUACAGCGACUUUGUUCACAAGGAACUUAUACAGUUUUCCAUGGCAGACCUGCAAAGGUCCAUUCCGUCAAUGGUUGAUGGCUUGAAGCCAGGUCAAAGGAAGAUUCUCUUUAGCUCCUUUAAGAGGAACUUUGUGAAGGAAGCAAAAGUUGCCCAGUUUUCUGGUUAUGUGUCUGAGCAUUCUGCCUACCACCAUGGUGAGCAGAGUCUUGCAAGUACUAUCAUUGGGAUGGCACAGGAUUUUGUGGGGAGCAAUAAUAUCAAUCUUCUUCAGCCAAAUGGUCAAUUUGGUACUCGUAACUUGGGAGGCAAAGACCAUGCAAGUGCUCGUUAUAUAUAUACUCGACUUUCUCCUAUUACAAGGUUCCUUUUCUCAAAGGAUGAUGACAGACUUCUUGACUACUUGAAUGAAGAUGGGCAAUCUAUUGAGCCAACUUGGUACGUGCCAAUUAUUCCAACGGUGCUUGUUAAUGGUAGUGAAGGAAUUGGGACAGGGUGGAGCUCUUACAUUCCUAAUUAUAACCCGAGAGACAUUGUUGCAAAUGUGAGGCGUUUGCUUGAUGAUGAUGCAAUGGUGCCAAUGGAUCCCUGGUACAGAGGAUUUACUGGAACUAUUGAGAAAACUGUCAAGGAGUCUGGUGUGAGCUACACUGCCUGUGGGAUCAUAGAGGAAGUCAAUGAGACGUCACUCAGGAUUUCAGAGCUGCCAAUCCGUAGGUGGACUCAAGAUUAUAAGGAAUUCCUCGAGUCUAUCUCUGAAGGAAAUGAUAAAGCCAAGGAUCCAUUCAUUGAGGGUUUCACACAGCACAGUGAUCACAGUACUGUAGAUAUCAUAGUCCACUUGCGUGAGGAGAAACUGAUGGCGGCCAAGCAAGAGGGUUUGCUGAAGAAAUUUAAACUGACCACCAGCAUAAGCACGAGUAAUAUGCACCUGUUUGAUCGAAAAGGCGUGAUAAAGAAAUUUGACACUCCAGAACAAAUUCUUGAGGACUUUUUUCUCCUAAGGCUUGAAUUCUAUGAGAAAAGAAAGAAAGUGCUAUUGGAAAACCUUGAGUUGGAACUGUUAAAAUUGGAGAACAAGGUUAGGUUUAUCCUUGGUGUCGUAAAUGGAGAGAUCAUUGUGAGCAAUAGAAAGAGAGCUGAUCUAUUCCUUGAGCUCCAACAGAAAGGUUUCACUCCUUUUCCAAAGAAAACCAAAGCCCUAGAGCCAGAAGUUGCAGGGGCAACCGAAAAUACAGAAGAUACAGAAGAGAACUCUGAGGCUGCCACUGAAAAGGGAGCACGGAUAAGUGACUAUGAGUAUCUAAUAUCCAUGGCAAUUGGGACCUUGACCAUUGAGAGGGUUCAGGCCUUAUUGGCUGAUAGGGAUAAGGCCAAUGCGGAGGUUGAUGAGUUGAGGAAAUCAACACCAAGGUCACUGUGGUUGAAGGAUCUUGAUGCUCUUGAAAUGGAACUCGAUGAGCUGGAGAAAAGUGAGGCUUUAGCAGAGUUGGCAAAAAAGAAAGCAAGAACCCAAGUGAAAAAUGUACCUGCUUCUAAGGGUACUAAACAAGCACCUAAGCCACGGAAAAAUACUAAGAAGGCCAACAAUGCAGAGGCUUCCAGUUCCGUGAUGGAAAUAGAGAAAGCUCCUGAGAUAGCGAAAAGGAGAGAAGGUCCAAAGAAAGCUCCUGCAGCCAAGAAGCAAGUGAAAUCCUCUGUUGUUCUGAGUGAUGACGAUGACGAUGAAGUGCUUGAGCUGAAAGAAAGACUUGCUGCCUAUAACCUUGAUUCGUCUCCUGAAAAUUCGGCAGGCAAGGAUACUGAAGUGCCACAAGAACCAGUCCAGAAGAAAGAAGCUAACAAAAAGGUGGUCAUGCAACUAGACAGCGACGAUGAUUUUGAAGAAGAAAUAGCAGCUGCCCCAAAGAGGGGAGGGAAAAAAGCUGCUGGAAAGCCAAGGGCGGCAGCAUCAAAACCCCCAGUAGCAGCAAAGAAGAGAGGCGCAGCAGCUAACAAGCAGCAGCCUCAAACUUCAUCAGGCCAGAAGCUUUUAACUGACAUGUUGAAGCCUGCUGCUGAGAGUUCCAGGGCUUCACCUGAGCCGAAAGUGAGGAAGAUGAGGGCAUCGCCAUUCAACAAGAAAAGCGGUUCUAUGAUGGGCAGAGUUGGUUUGGCAGAUGAGAUGAUUGAAAGCGAGGACAUGGUGGACACUCCUUCCACUGAAGAAAGAAGUGAAGCUCCAGUUGUAGCAAGAGCUAGACCUCAGAGGGUGAAUCGCAGGCAGACAAGGUAUGUGUUGAGUGAUUCCGAGAGUGAGCUGGCUAGUGAAGAUUCCGACUUUGAUGCAGUUGAAGACAUUGACGAUGAUUAGAGUAGCAGUUACUGUCUUUGCUAUGGGAAUUCUAGCUCAUUUAAGUUGGAUGCAUUUGCUGCAUCUUUCGGAUUAAACGUUUAACUGAGAUUUGAGGAUUUUAUUAUCGUGCUGAUAAGCCGAAGUUGAAGAUUUUAGCUUUAAGUUUGAUCUGUGAAAUGCAACUCAUUUUCCGAAAACUUGUUAGAGAUGUUCUUGAGAACUUGUCUUGUUCAGAAAGUAAAGCAAAAUUUGACUAGAAAAAAGUUGUGGUUUACGCUUU